AUGGACAGACAUCUUUUGCCCACUUUGCUACUGGUAGUGAUUCUAAUUGCCAGUACAGUUUAUGGGAAAGAGAACACAGAUGACCUGUCAUGCCCAGAGCAUCAACUAAACUUUGAGGGCUCAUGCUAUGAGUUUGUGACCCAGCAGCACAGUUUUCUCAGUGCUCAGAAGUGGUGUGAGCAAGGUGGUGGACAUCUGGCCUUUAUCAAGGAUGAUAUAACGCAACGAUUUCUUCAGGCACAUCUGCUGCCAGAAGAGAACUGGUGGUUUGGCUUGGCCUAUACAUCCUUUAACCAGGACUCUUCUGAAGGUCCUGUGUCAUGGCUGGAUGGGUCUCAUGUAAGUUUUUCUAACUGGCACAAUGAACCCAUACUCGAUAAAGGCUGUGGGUACAUGAUGAAGGACUCUGGAUUUCAAUGGGUAACAACCAGUAAUUGCAGUCAGCAGUUCUUCUUUAUCUGCGAGUUUGAGUUGGGACAUGCUUUAGCCUGUAAAGACCACAAUGCCAUGCUAAUGUGUGGGUCUGGUCAGGUCAUAAGGAUCGAUGACAGUUUCUAUGGCAGGAAAACAGAACACUACUGCAGAGCCAACCACUCCCUCGAACCAGCAUCCGCACAGCAGGUGUGCAGCUGGUUGGAUGUUCUAGAUUCAGUUUCAGAGUCCUGUGAUGGCCUGCAAAUGUGUGAGGUGUCUGCAAAUGUGACAUCCUAUGGAGAACCCUGCCCAAGGCUAACAAGUUACCUGUCUGUAAAAUAUCACUGUGAAGAAGGUAACUUUGUGUAUUGUGGCGAUGAGGACGGGAUGAGAAGCUUGUACCUACCUAAGGGUUUUUACGAGCUGAAUAUCACUGCUAAGAAUAAGGCCAAACAGACAAUCAUCAAUACAGUUACAGACAUCGUCGUCACCUCUAUCCUAAGUCUACAACCAAUCGUACAAGCUAAUGUGUCAGCCACUGUGUUAGCACAGUUGUUUCAAGGUAUUACUGAUUAUAUAAACAAACAGAUAUACGUGGAACCAGCUGUAAAGGCACAGCGCAAUGUAUUUGAUAGUAUACUCACCGUUCUUGACAAUGUACAUAGUUCCCUGCUAAAAUAUAAAACACCAGGCGGGGAGCCAGCAAUAAUUAAUACUCCCCUGAUUAAUGUCUAUGCCAACAGGCUGCUACCAGCUCAUUUUAAAGAUACUUAUGAAGUCAAAAUUGACAAUGAAUCUGCUGGAUUUGUGCUUCCCACUGUGUUUUCUAAGCUACUUCCGGCACAAGUGGAUGUGCGAAUGCUGAGUCUUAAGGUAAAUCCUUACGAAUGGAGCGAAGGGGAGGAAAUAAGUUCAGUAGUUGGGGGUCUCUCUCUCACCAAUUUGAAUGGAUCAGUCAUCCCAGUAAAAAACCUUAAUGAAGAAAUUGAGAUUCUCUUACCUAGACUAAAUGGUGAGAAUAUAAGCAGUACGUUUCUGGACCUAAGAAACUACAGUACUAUGGCCAUCAACGUGUCUAAUCCCGGCACAUCUCUAGUGUUGAAAUUGGAGCCCUUAUACAAGACAGACCUGGUGUUACUUCUGGGCUUUGAAUACCACCCAAACGACACCAAAUACCUAGUCAAAACAAAGAUGCCCCAAUCAGGAAGCACUGAAGAGGAGAGGUACACAUGGGUGGUAGGCUCCAACUAUAUAUCAAAAGAAGGGGUUUACUAUCUUCUGGUAAGACCUGUAGUCCCACCAGGUAUAAACUCCACAAAUGCUUCAGUUUCGGUCACGUCUGUUGCAGUCAACUGCAAGUUUUGGCGUGAUAAAAAAGCCAACUGGAGUAACUCUGGCUGUAGGGUCGGCCCCCGCAGCACACCACAGGUCACUCAGUGCCUGUGCACCCAUCUGACAUUUUUCGGAAGCUCUUUCUUUGUCAUGCCCAACACUGUGGAUGUGUCUCGCACUGCUGAGCUUUUUUCUACAUUUUCCAACAAUCCUGUAGUGGUGUGUUUUGUUGGUGCUAUUAUCCUGGUGUACAUUUUAGCAGUGAUAUGGGCACGCAGGAAAGAUCUCCAGGAUAAAAUCAAGGUAAAAGUCACAGUACUAGAAGAUAAUGAUCCGUUGGCCGAAUAUCGCUACUUAGUCGCCGUCGCCACUGGGUAUCGACGUGGAGCUGCCACCACAUCUAACGUGACGCUAAUGCUAAAAGGCACAGUUUGGGAGAGUAAGCCCCAUCAUCUGACUGAUCCUGAAAAGAAAGUGUUCACUAGGGGAGGGGUAGAUCUGUUCCUGCUUACCACUCCUUUUUCUGUUGGAGAAGUGGAGGGUGUGAGGCUGUGGCAUGAUAACUCUGGUGAAUACCCAGACUGGUAUGUUAACAAGGUAGUGGUUUAUGAUCUGGAGACAGGAGAGAAAUGGCAGUUCUUGUGUAACUCAUGGCUGUCGGUUGACAUGGGAGAGUGCACCUUGGACAAAACGUUUUAUAUAGCAACAGAGGCAGAUUUAAAAGGAUUCCACAAUCUCUUUUUCACAAAGACAGCGAAGGACUUGUGUGAUGGUCACAUCUGGUACUCUGUGUUAAACCGACCUGCCCAUAGCAGUUUCACUCGAGUGCAACGCCUCUCCUGCUGUUUCUCUCUGCUCCUCUGCACCAUGCUAACCAGCCUCAUGUUCUGGGGUAUUCCAGCUAGCCCUGCUGAGCAGGACACGGAAUUAGGGAGUAUCAAGUUCAAUUGGCAGCAAAUAAUGGUUGGCAUCCAAAGCUCCAUUAUAAUGUUCCCAGUCAAUCUCUUAAUUGUAACCAUCUUCAGAUUCACCAGACCUCGACAAAAGAGUGAACCAAAGAAGCAGACCAAGUCUGAUUCUAUUAAAAAAAAAAAAAAAUGUACAGACAACUUUCUAGACUUGUGUAUUAAGAAGGAGGUGACUAUGGAGCUAAUCAUUAAAGACUUAAAGAGAAUACUGCGCUACCUUGCUAAGAUUGUGCACUGUCCCACACCAAACGCAGCACUGGAUUCAGAACCAACAGACAUCAUCACCUUGGUGUUCCUCCUAGAGGACUUCAUUCGUCAGCAGAACUUUGGUGUUGGCAGAUUUUACAUUGACGAUAUUCAGAUGGAUCGCUUUUCCAUGUACCGGAAAUUUCUCUACAAACAAGUCCUGAAUCUGGAAAAACAGCUGAAGCUACUAGGCCCUUCAUCAUUUCCUAAGCCAGAGGGCUACAUUACAACUCUGAUGCAGGUUCAGGGGAUGAAACACGUGCUAGAGCCAUACCUCUCCGUCCCCGACCCAGUUGUAACCGACGGAGUAGAUGACGACAAUAAGGGUAAAAAGAAAUGCUGUGCGAAUGGUUUACCCUGGUGGUUUGUUUUUGUGGGCUGGAUUCUUGUCCUUGCCAGUAGUGGAGUCUCGGCAUAUUUCACCAUGAUGUACGGGCUGACCUACGGUAAAGAACGCUCCAUCAACUGGCUCAUUUCAAUCAGCGUGUCUUUCUUUGAAAGUUUGUUCGUCACCCAGCCUUUAAAAGUGCUAGGAUUUGCAGUCUUCUUUGCUUUAGUUGUGAAGUCAAUUAAUGAGGAAGAGAUUAAUUAUUUUCAGUUACUGAAGGACAUGAAGUUGACAUACACAGAUGAUCCUGAUGAUGUGCGCAUUUCCAGACGGGACAGCACAUGCAUCUACUACCAGCCUCCUCCACUUUCUGAAAUUGAGAAGAUGAAAAUCAACCGGAUAAAAAAUCAGAAAGCCUUUGCAUUAAUCUGGGAGAUUAUCAUCUAUCUAGCGUUUCUGUGUGUUCUAUUGGUGGCCACAUAUGGUCAGCGAGAUCCAAAUGCUUACUUCCUAACUCAACACAUUGAGCAGAGCUUUAGCAGUGGCAUUGCAGACAGCAUGGGCCCCAAAGACGUGUUUAAUUGGAUUAAUUCCAGCGUUCUUAGCAACAUCUUUGGAGUAAAUCCAGGUUUCAUCACAGAUGGAAACUCAAAGCUAGUUGGAAGCGCCCGUAUCAGGCAGGUCAGAGUACGCAAGGACUCCUGCAAAAUUCCCAACCACAUGAGGCCCUCCAUCCCUGACUGUCAUGCUCCAUACUCCCGGGAUGUGGAGGACAGGGGCUCAUAUAGUACAGGCUGGAACCAAUCGAUAAGUGUAAACAUAUCUCAGCCGUUCCUCAUGCCCUGGGUAUACCAAACUCAGUCCACACUCAGGGGGCACCCUAUCUGGGGUAAUGUGGGAUUCUACAGAGGUGGAGGAUAUGUACUGGACCUGGGGCUCGACGAAGACAAUGCAAGGAGCAUGCUUCUGGACCUGUUUGAAAACACAUGGCUGGAUACGUACACACGGGCAUUCUUUGUUGAAUUCACAGUGUACAACGCAAAUGUCAAUCUCUUCUGCAUUGUCACCCUGAUGCUGGAGACCACUGCAGUGGGAGCAUUCCAGUAUCGCAGUGAACUCCAUAAUUUACGGCUUUAUCAAGCCACCGAAGGCGUUAAUGUAGUGGCUUCCGAGGUCAUUUAUUUCCUCUUCAUUCUCUAUUACAUGUUUGUGCAGGCCAAGCGGAUAAAGCAGCAGAAAUGCAGCUACUUUAAGAGCAAAUUGAACCUUUUAGAAAUGGCCAUCAUUUUCUUAAGCUGGAGUGCCGCAGGGGCGAUCAUCAACAGGACAGUUCAGGGAGACCAGGACCUAAAGUACUUCCAGGAGCACAAAGACCAUUUUCCAAGCUUCUAUGAUACGGCCACAGCAGAUGACGUCCUGGGCUAUAUUCUAGCUUUCCUGAUUUUGCUGGCCACCGUGAAAAUGUGGCACCUGAUGCGACUCAACUCGAAACUGAACCUGAUAACUUGCACUCUGCAGCGGGCUUGGAACGACAUCUCUAGCUUUAUUGUGGUCAUAACCAUCAUGUUCCUAGCAUACUCUGUUGUGAGCAAUCUGCUGUUCGGUUGGAAGUUGUACACAUACAAGACUCUUCAGGAUGCAGCUUUGGCAGUCGUUGGCUUGCAGCUUGGCACCUUUAAUUAUGAUGAGGUUCUGGAUUUAAACCCAGUGCUUGGUGCCUUUAUUGUUGGUUCCUGCAUCAUCUUUAUGACAUUUGUGGUCCUGAAUCUCUUCAUAUCGGUCAUCCUCGAAGCCUUUAGUGAAGAACAAAAGCAACACCAGCCAUCUGAAGAGGAGGAAAUUGUGGACCUAAUGAUAGUGAAGAUCUGCAAGAUGUUUGGGAUCAAAAUAAAGAAGAAACAGUAA